AUGGCGAGCAUGAAUACAGGCUCCAAGUUCAACUCGGCAAUGCAGCCAGCCGUCCCAGUCAAGUAUGAACGAAAUCCUCCCCAAACUGUAUUCCAUCACAAUCUUAUACUGGCGCCUAGGUUUCGGUGCAAAGUUGGCGGAGAGUGGAAGCCUCUUGACGCAUUUUCCAAGAGCCAACAAAGAUUCGUUCAGUACCAGAUCGACCGUCGACUGCGCAUCGAUGCGGCCAACUCUGGAAUGACUUGCAAGGAGCAUACCUCUAGCCAACGAACAGAGAUGACUUGUGAGUUGUGUGGACUGACCAAGCCGUUGAACGAGUUUAGUGGCAAUAGCAAGAGGCAUGAGAGCGUUCAUUGCAAAAGAUGCACUGCCUGGAUGGAAACACAGGAGCCAGAGGUUGUGCCUGCGCCUCUCGAGACUGGCCAUGUCUCCGUCGAAGAGGAACGCGGAGAAAUGUGGCCAGCCACUUUUGUCGAUGACACUGAUUUCUUUUCCGAUGAUCUCGUGCCCCAGGCACCAAUCACUAGUCUAUCGUCCCUUGGCUUGGAAGAUAUUGAUCCGUCUCUACUCGAUGUGGCUUCCAUUCUCAGUGGUCGUUUGUCUUCGUCUGCGUCUUCGUCUGCGUCUGCGUCUGCGUCUGCGUCUGCGUCUGCGUCUGCACCGCGUAACGCACUACCGCCGCAUCUUCGCGGCCUCGUCGCACAGCAACAGAUGCCCUCUCAUAACGACGCUUCCGAGUACGCCCCCAGUGAGAGCGAUUUCAAUCCGAGCAGCAUUUCGACGGCUACGACGGCCAGAGAGAUGCGAGAUUCGAACAAACCACGCCGAGUAUCCUUCAACGCUUGGGACCCGGCGGGCAUUCAGCACCGAAACGUCAAGUCCCUCACAGCAAGCUCAGUUGCAGGCAGUUCGAUCGGGGCUUCUAGCGAUGCAGGAGGACAAAGCUCGAAUGCUGGAGUCCCAGGCAGGAACAAAUGGGCCAAAGGUGUCCGGAUGACCUCAACGGAGUUACGCCAGUUUGGAACGAACCACCACCUCGCAGCUCGACAGGUUGCCCCGGUGAAGCAUCGUGCUCAGCAGCAUAACUUCGCGGCCUUUUGUGAGCCGGAUGACGAUGAAGAAGACUAG